UCCUUUAAUACUGGGUACAAUGAACAUGACGCGUAUUCUAUCGGAGAUGUUGAAGUAUGGACAACAAUGAGGGAAUCGUUGAAUCAGAUGCACACCAGUAGCUGGAUCUUAUGGGUACAGUAGCACAACAUAGAAGGUAUCUAUAAACGUAUAACUCUGGUUUAAUACGGCCUCUUAUUGUACUUUGUGUCCUUAUUCUAAGCCUUGGUGGUGUAUCUCCUACUGUAAUACAAUUGGGGUGUAUUCAUCAAAUCUCCUUUUCAGAAAAAAAAACAGCCAUGUUUAAAAAGUACUUGCGAUCCUAAUUUAUCAUCAACCAUCAACUACCACCAAAGUUAUUGAGAAAUCAAUCAUUGUCUACAAAGAUGAAGAUAUCUGCACUUAAUGCCCUUGCAACUUGCUUAGUUGCCGCCAAUGCCAUCCAGAUCUGGAAACGCCCAACUGUUGAGGAUGCUGCUGUUAAUGCCAGAACAUUGAUCCAUAGAGAAUCUUUAGCCAACAUCAAUACUGUUUAUCAAGAUGGUGAUGACAAAGGUUUACCAGCUUCUUUUGUCGAAUACUAUGCUGAUUGUGGUGAUGGUAAUCCUGUCAUUUUAGCCAUCAACAUGGCUACUUCUUUCAAGAAUAUCCAAGAAGGUUCUCCUUAUUCAUUAACUGUUAGAGUUGGUGACCAUUCUCCUCAUGAACAUGUCAAUCCAAAAUACCCUGGAAGUAGACCACACUCUGUUGCAGGUUCACCAAGAAUCAAUUUAAGAGGUAAUUUCAUUGAUGUUCAAGAAGAAGAAGUUGAAGAAUUGAAAAAAUGUUUCUUGAAACGUCAUAAAGACGCGGUUUGGUGGUUACCAGGUAAUCCAAUUCAUGAAUCUCAUUUUGUUAAAUUUGAUGUCAAGGAUGCUUAUUUCUUGGGAGGUUUUGGUGAUACUGGUUAUAUUGGGAAAAUUCCAAAAGAUUUGUACUCAAAAGCUUCUCCAAUU